AUGUCUUCGAGCUCAUCGACGUCUAGGAAUCAGCUACAAGUCACUCAUGUUCAGUCGCAAGAAGGGGCAGAAGGGUACUACAAAAACCUGCUAUAUUCUCUGAAGCAGAAACUGGAUGCCAAAGAGGAACUAUCUGAGAUGAACAAUUUGAGGAGAAGGAUUGCUGAAGUGGAGUUUCUGCUGUCACAGGAGCAGUAUAAGGUGGCAAAGAGUGAGAAAGAAGUUCAUGAUGCAAGGAAGGCAAUAGGUAGGUACAGGAUGAUAGUUGCCCUGUUGUUUGCUUGCUUGGCCCUAUGUGUUUAG